GUCUGCUGCAGGGAGCGCAGCCCCAGGCAGCGCGGUGCACUGGCUUGCAGCGCCGGCGAGUCCCGGAAUCUACCCGCAGCGCCGCAUAAAGUUUCCUUCUAGCGGCCCCCGGCGGCCGGGCCGGGUGGAGAAGGGGCUCCCGGCGACCCCCUCUGCAGACGCGGCGCCGACCUAAGGUGUCAGGCGAACUUUAAAGAGCUGCUUUGGUGGAAACUGCGCCGAGAUCUUUACUGUCUGGGGCCUUGGAGCGGACGGGUCCUGUCGGAGAGAAAUACUGAGAGAUCCGAACAGCCAGUGACCGGCAACUUUCCAGUGACUUUGCCGCGAAGAGCUGCCUUCUGCGUGCUCUUUUAUUCUCCCAAGCUCAGCCCACGUUGGCGUGCUGCUUUGCUGGAGAGCCAGGCGCGCUCUCCGCCCGGACAGGGAAUGAAUUGAAUCCCCCGCCCGCCCCGGCGCCUCGGGGACUGAUGUGUGUCGCUCACUGCUUGUCCAUCUCAUUUCCUCGGAGGUAACCGUUCGUCGUUCCCCACCCUCGGACCGCCCCGGCCCGGGGCGCCAAAGGCAGCAUUUUGGCCGAGAGCCGGUUCUUUUAUGCUGACGGCUGGGUUUCUCCAGUGUGGGUGCCGAAGCGGCGAUGGGUGUCCUCAAAGUGUGGCUCGGGGUGGCCCUUGCAUUGGCGGAAUUUGCAGUAUUACCUCAUCAUUCCGAAGGUGCUUGUGUCUAUCAGGGUUCCUUGUUGGCGGAUGCCACAAUUUGGAAACCCGAUUCAUGCCAGAACUGCCGUUGCCAUGGUGAUAUUGUUAUCUGCAAAUCUGAUGUUUGCAGAAACCCUCAGUGUGCCUUUGAGAAGGGAGAAGUGCUUCAAAUAGCUGCCAACCAGUGCUGCCCCGAGUGCGUCUCGAGGACUCAUGGAUCUUGCCAUCAUGAAAGAAAAAUCCAUGGGCAUGGAACAGAGUGGGCCUCCUCCGGAUGUAGUAUGUGCUCCUGCACUCAUGGGGAAGUCCGAUGCUCUCCCCAGCCCUGCCCACCCCUGUCAUGUGGACACCAGAAGCUGGAAUUCAUCCCUGAAGGAAGCUGCUGCCCGAUCUGCGUGGGUCCUGGGAAAUCCUGUUCCUAUGAAGGCCGCAUGUUUCAGGAUGGGGAGGACUGGCAGUUGAGUCUGUGUGCCAAAUGUGUGUGUAGAAACGGGGUCGUCCAGUGCUUCACAGCUCAGUGUCAGCCUCUGUUUUGCAACCCGGAUGAAACCGUGGUCCGAGUCCCUGGAAAAUGUUGCCCGCAGUGCUCUGCACGAUCCUGCUCUGCGGCUGGCCACGUACAUGAGCACGGUGAGCAGUGGAGUGAAAAUGCCUGUACCACGUGUGUAUGUGACUGGGGCGAGGUCAGGUGCCACAAACAGGCCUGCCCACCACUAAGAUGCGAAAAGGGUCAAAGCAGGGUUCGGCGUCAUGGGCAAUGUUGUGCAGAAUGUGCAUCUCCUGCUGGAAAUUGCUCCUCCGAGGGGAUUGUGCGGUACCAGGAUGAAAUGUGGAAGGUUUCGGCCUGUGAGUUCUGCACGUGUGACCGAGGCCAAGUUACCUGCCAGACUGGAGAGUGUGCCAAAGUGGAGUGUGCCCAGGGUGAAGAAUUAAUUCACUUAGAUGGAAAAUGCUGUCCUGAAUGCAUUUCAAGGAAUAGCUAUUGUGUUUAUGAAGAAAAUAGAGCAUUUAUGUCCUCAAAAGUGAGUGAAAAAGUUAAACGUAUUCCAGAGGGAGAGAAGUGGGAGGAUGGCCCUUGCAAGGUGUGUGAGUGCCGCGGGACCCAGGUGACUUGCUACAAGCCCUCUUGCCCACCAUGUCCAGUGGCAACACUAGCUGUGGUGGUGGAGGGACAGUGCUGUCCAGAUUGCACAUCAGUUCAUUGCCACGCAGACUGCUUGACCUGUUCUCAGUCUCCGGACCACUGUGACCUCUGCCUUGAUCCCACAAAGUUGCUGCAGAAUGGACAGUGUGUGCACAGCUGUGGACUGGGAUUUUACCAAGCUGAUGGUCUCUGUUUAGCCUGCCAGCCUCAGUGCUCCACAUGCACCAGUGAGCUGGAGUGCUUGUCGUGCCAGCCUCCUCUGAUGAUGAGGGAUGGCCAGUGUGUGUCCAUCUGCGGGGAUGGCUUCUAUCAAGAUCACCACACCUGUGCAGUUUGCCACGAGUCUUGUGCAGCGUGUUGGGGGCCGACAGAGAAGAACUGCUUGGCCUGUAGAGACUCCAUCAUCCAUGUGCUGAGGGAGGGCAGCUGUGAGACCAGCUGUGGUGAAGGCUUUUACAACAAGCAGGGGAUCUGUAGUGCUUGUGACCAAUCCUGUAAGAGCUGUGGUCCCAAUGAUCCCAGAUGUCUUACCUGUAUGGAGAAUACAGUGUUGUAUGAUGGGAAAUGCAUUUCUGAAUGCCCUACUGGAUACUACCCUGAUGCAACUGGCACAUGCAAAGUGUGUCACAACUCGUGUGCCAGCUGCUCUGGACCCUCGGCCUCUCACUGCACAGCCUGCAUCCAGCCCUAUGCACUGCGCCAAGGCCACUGUCUGCCCAGCUGUGGAGAGGACUUCUACCCUGACAAUGGGGUCUGCAGAGCCUGUCAUUCCUCUUGCCUGGCUUGUGUGGGUCCAGAGCCCUUUCACUGCACCCAGUGCAAGAAGCCAGAAGAAGGACUGCAGCUGUCUGGGGCAAAUGUCCUCUUUGGCAAGUGUCUAUCCCAGUGUAGAGCCCAAUUUUACUUGGAGAACACUGGGCUGUGUGAAGAAUGUCACCAAUCCUGUUUUGGGUGUGCAGGGAAGAGUCCAUCUAACUGCACAGCCUGCCGGCCUGCCCAGGUACUGUUGGAUGGGCAGUGUCUCUCCUGGUGCCCAGACGGGUACUUUAACCAGGAAGGCAUUUGUACAGAGUGCCACCCUACCUGCAGGCAGUGCAAUGGCCAGUCAGAAUCCGACUGCACCUCCUGUCACCCUCAUGUCACUUUUAUGGGUGGAAACUGUAGGACCAGCUGCAAGGAAAAGCAGUUCCUCAACCUCAUGGGCUAUUGUACUGAUUGCCAUCCUCUGUGCCAGCACUGUGCAGCUGAUCUCCACAACUCUGGGAGCAUAUGCCUGAGGUGCCAGAAUGCCCACUACCUGCUGCUAGGGGACCACUGUGUUCCUGACUGCCCUUCUGGAUACUACACAGAGAGAGGGGCUUGUAAAAGAUGUCACUCCUCCUGCAGAACCUGCCAGGGCAGAGGCCCCUUCUCCUGCUCUUCGUGUGACACCGACCUUGUUCUGUCCCAUACUGGCACCUGCAGCACCACCUGCUUUCCUGGGCACUAUCUCGAUGACAACCGUGCUUGCCAGCCAUGCAGUGAACAUUGUCGAAGCUGUGAUUCACAGGCUAGCUGUACCUCCUGCAGAGAUCCAAACAAGGUCCUGCUCUUUGGGGAAUGUCAGUAUGAGAGCUGUGCCCCACAGUACUAUCUUGACUUCUCCACCAAGACAUGCAAAGAGUGUGACUGGAGUUGCAAUGCAUGCAAAGGGCCUCUGAGAACAGACUGCCUGCAGUGCAUGGAUGGCUAUGUUCUGCAGGAUGGGGCCUGCGUGGAACAAUGCUCACCAGCAUUUUACCGAGACUUGGGCCUCUGCAAGAGCUGUGACAACCACUGUCUCCAGUGCCAGGGUGCCCAUGAGUGCAGCCGCUGUGAAGGGCCAUUUCUCCUUUUGGAAACCCAGUGUGUUCUGGAAUGCGGAAAAGGGUACUUUGCAAACCAUACAAAUCACAAAUGCACAGCCUGUCCUUGGGGGUGUUUGCAGUGUAGCCACAGAGACCGGUGUCACCUCUGUGCCCAUGGCUACUUUCUGAAGAGUGGCCUUUGCAUUUCCAACUGUGUUCCUGGCUUCUCUACCCACUCCUCGAAUGCAACCUGUCUCGACAAAAGACACACUCCUAGUCUUCACGUGAAUGGUUCCCUCACUCUUGCAAUUGGUUCAAUGAAGCCAUUGGAUUUUUCCUUCCUGAAUGUUCAAGACCAGGAUGGCAGAGUCGAAGACCUCCUAUUCCAUGUUGUGACCUUGCCCACCAAUGGUUGGUUAGUGCUCUCAAGGAAUGGAAAAGAGGUUCAGUUGGACAAGGCUGGCCAUUUUAGCUGGAGAGAUGUGAAAGAGAAGAAAGUCCGUUUUGUGCACAGCAAAGAAAAACCCAGGAAAGGUUACUUUUCCCUGAAAAUCAGUGACCAGCAGUUCUUCUCUGAGCCACAGCUGAUCAACAUACAAGCAUUUUCAACACAGGCCCCCUAUGUGCUGAGAAACGACAUCCUCCACAUUAGCAGAGGAGAGAGUAGAACCAUCACCACUCAGCUGCUGGACAUCCGAGAUGAUGACAACCCACAGGAUGUGGUAGUGGAAGUGCUCGAUCCGCCACUUCAUGGCCAACUGCUCCAGAUGCUUCGGACCUCCAUGGCCCCGAUCUAUCAGUUCCGGCUGGAUGAGCUCUCCAGGGGCCUUCUCCACUAUGCUCAUGAUGGUUCAGAUAGUACAUCUGAUGUCACAGUCUUGCAGGCCAAUGAUGGACACUCCUUCCAAAAUAUAUUGUUCCAUGUGAAGACUGUGCCCAAGAAUGAAGGAGGUCUUCGGCUUGUGGCUAAUUCAAUGGUGUGGGUUCCAGAAGGUGGGAUGCUGCAGAUUACCAACAGAAUCUUACAGGCUGAAGCUCCGGGUGCCAGUGCCUCAGAAAUCAUCUACAAAAUUACAGAAGACCACCCCCAAUUUGGGGAGGUGGUCCUCCUGGUUAACAUGCCUGCAGACAGUCCCGCAGAUGAAGGGCAGCACCUGCCGGAUGGAAGGACAGCAACCCCCACCAGCACCUUCACCCAGCAAGACAUCAACGAGGGCGUCGUGUGGUACAGGCACUCGGGAGCCCCAGCCCAAAGUGACUCCUUCCGCUUUCAGGUAUCCAGUGCUGCAGAUGCCCAGACCCGUCUCAAAAGCCACAUGUUCAACAUUGCCAUUUUACCGCAGACGCCUGAGGCACCGAGACUCUCUCUGGGAUCAUCUCUCCAUAUGACCGCUCGGGAAGACCGCCUGACAGUGAUUCAGCCUCAUUCCCUGUCUUUUGUAAACUCUGAGCGGCCAAGUGGAAACAUCAUAUACAAUAUCACUUUACCUCUACACCCAAAUCAAGGGAUCAUCGAACACAGGGACCAGCCUCACUCUCCUAUCCAGUAUUUCACGCAGGAAGAGAUUAACCAGGGCAAAAUCAUAUACCGACCACCUGCUGCAGCCCCCCACCUCCAGGAGAUCAUGGCCUUCUCCUUUUCCGGUCUCCCAGAAUCGGUGAAAUUCCACUUCACAGUUUCGGAUGGAGAGCACACAAGUCCAGAGAUGGUCCUCACCAUUCACUUGCUUCCCAUUGAUCAGCAACCACCAGUGUUCCGGGUGACAGCUGCAGUGCUUGAGGUCAGCCCAGGAGGCAGAGCUUCUGUGGGACUUCGUUUGGUAAUGAACGAUACUGACACAGCACCUGAAGAACUCUCCUUUGAGCUUCGGAAACCUCCACAGCAUGGUGUAAUCCUUAAGUACACAGCUGAGUUCCAAGGUCCCCUGGCUGCAGGUGACACUUUCACAUAUGAAGAUAUUGAGAAAAAUGCUUUGCAGUAUAUGCAUGAUGGCUCCUCUGCCCUGGAAGACAGCAUGGAGAUCUCAGUCUCAAAUGGCAUUACAAUGACAACAAUGGAAGUGAGAGUGGAGGUGUCACUGUCAGAGGACCGAGCUCCUCGGCUGGCUGGUGGUUCCUCUCUGAGUAUCAGGGUUGCUAGUAAAAGCACAGCCAUAAUUACAAGGUCACACCUUGCUUAUGUUGAUGAUUCUUCCCCUGACCCAGAAAUCUGGAUUCAGUUAACUUCUCUGCCCCUGUAUGGUGCUCUCUUAAGAACCUCAGGAUCUGAGGUGGAGGAAUUCUCAGAGAUCUCCAAUUUCACAAUGGAAGACAUUAACAACGAGAAAAUUAGGUACUCAGCUGUGUUGGAGACAGACGGUCAUCUGGUUACUGAUAGCUUCCAGUUCUAUGUCUCUGACAUGGACCACAACCAUCUGGACAACCAGAUGUUUACCAUCAUUAUCACUCCUGUUGAGAAUCCACCUCUAGUCAUUGCUUUUGCUGACCUUAUCACGGUUGAUGAGGGAGGGAGAGCCCCACUCUCCUUUCACCAUUUCUUUGCUGCUGAUGAACAUGACAACCUCCAGGGAGAUGCUGUCAUUAAACUAAGUGCUCUGCCCAAAUAUGGCUGCAUCGAGAACAUGGGAACAGGUGAUCGCUUUGGCCCUGGAGCUACCAGUGACCUGGAGGCGUCAUUCCCUAUUCAAGAUGUCCUGGAAAACUACAUUUACUACUUUCAGAGUGUUCAUGAAAGCAUUGAGCCAACCCAUGAUAUUUUCAGUUUUUAUGUGAGUAAUGGAACCCGUCGUUCAGAAACUCACAGCAUCAAUAUCACCAUUGAGAAGAAGAACGAUGAGCCUCCCAAGAUGACUUUGCGGCCCCUCAGAGUGCCGCUGAGCUCAGGCGUGGUGAUAAGCAAUUCUUCUUUGAGUCUGCAAGACCUGGACACUCCAGACAACGAGCUGGUUUUUGUAUUGACAAAAAAGCCUGACCACGGUCAUCUACUCUGGAGGAAAACUUCUUCUGAGCCUCUGAAAAAUGGGGAGGUGUUAGCCCAGGGCUCCUCUUUUACCUACCAGGACAUCCUUGACGAGCUGGUUGGGUACGUGCCUGGUGGCCCUGGUGUGGUAGUGGAUGAGUUCCGGUUCUCUCUCACUGAUGGCCUCCACACGGACACAGGAAGGAUGGGGAUCUACAUAGAGCUGCCUACAAGGGGUGUCCCCCAAUUGGCUGUAAACCAAGGCCUACAGCUCUCAGCAGGGUCUGUAGCAUGCAUCACAGAACAGCACUUGAAAGUGACAGAUCCUGACUCGGAGGACCGUCAGGUUAUGUACAUCAUGAAGGAAGAUCCUGGCGUGGGGUGCCUGCAGAUGGUGAAGGGUGACAAUCUGGAGCAAAUCUCCGUUAAAGGCCCCGUUCGAAGUUUCAGCCAGGCUGACAUUAGCCAAGGGCAAGUAGAAUACAGUCAUGGCAAAGGAGAAUCUGGUGGGAACUUUGCUUUUAAAUUUGAUGUGGUUGAUGGAGAAGGCAACAAAUUGAUGGACCAGUCAUUUUCCAUCAGUGUGUUAGAGGACCGAUUUGCACCGGUCAUCAUCACCAAUAAAGGGCUGGUCUUGGAUGAAAACUCAGUGAAGAAAAUCACCACUCUGCAGCUGUCUGCCAUCGACCAGGAUAGUAAGCCUGCAGAAUUGUUCUACAGAAUCACCAGGCAGCCACAGCUGGGUCACCUGGAACAUGCAGCAUCACCAGGUAUCCAGAUUAGCUCCUUUACUCAAGCUGACCUGAAUUCACAGAGCAUUCAGUAUAUCCAUUCCAGUGACACUGAGCAAUAUUCAGAUGCCUUCAGCUUUACGCUGUCUGAUGGAGUCAAUGAGGUGACGCAGACUUUUCUCAUCACUAUUCAUCCCGUGGAUGAUUCACUGCCGAUUGUCCAGAACUUCGGCAUGCGGGUGCAGGAGGGCGUGAGGAAGACCAUCACAGAGUUUGAGCUCAAGGCAGUGGAUGUAGACACAGAGGCCGACUCUGUCACAUUCACCAUUGUGCAGCCCCCACGCCAUGGCACCAUCGAGCGAACCACCAGUGGGCAGUAUUUCCGCCAAACCUCCACCUUCACCAUGGAAGACAUCUACCAGAACCGCAUCAGCUACAGCCAUGACGGCAGCAACUCCCUCAAGGACCACUUCACCUUCACUGUUUCUGACGGGACCAACCUUUUCUUUAUUAUUGAGGAAGGAGGAAAAGAGAUUAUGACAGCAGCACCUCAGCGAUUCCAAGUAGACAUCCUCCCGGUAGAUGAUGGCACUCCGAGAAUUGUUACCAACCUGGGACUCCAAUGGCUGGAGUACAUGGACGGCAAGGCAACCAAUUUGAUCACCAAGAAAGAACUGCUGACCAUGGAUCCAGACACGGAGGACCCACAGCUCGUCUAUGAGAUAACGACGGGUCCCAAACAUGGCCACGUGGAGAACAAGCUUCAGCCUGGCAGAGCUGCUGCUACUUUCACCCAGGAGGAUGUGAACUUGGGGUUGAUUCGUUAUGUGCUGCAUGAGGAGAAGAUCCAUGAGAUGAUGGAUAGUUUUCAGUUUCUGGUUAAAGACAGUAAACCUAAUGUGGUCAGCGACAAUGUCUUCCAUAUCCAGUGGUCCCUUAUCAGCUUUAAAUAUACCAGCUACAAUGUCAGUGAGAAGGCGGGGUCUGUUAGCGUCACAGUGCAGAGGACUGGGAACCUGAAUCAGUAUGCUAUCGUCCUGUGUCGCACCGAGCAAGGCACCGCUAGCUCCAGCUCCAGGGUCAGCUCCCUACCUGGGCAGCAGGACUACGUGGAGUACGCUGGCCAGGUACAAUUUGAUGAGCGAGAGGACACCAAGUCUUGCACUAUUGUCAUCAACGAUGAUGAGGUGUUUGAGAAUGUCGAGAGUUUCACUGUGGAGCUCAGCAUGCCAGCAUAUGCCUUAUUAGGGAAGUUCACCCAGGCGAAGGUCAUUAUCAAUGACGCCGAGGACGAACCCACGUUAGAAUUUGAUAAGAAGACCUACUGGGUCAAUGAAAGCGCUGGUUUUCUAUUUGCACCUAUAGAAAGAAAAGGAGAUUCAAGCAGCAUCGUAUCUGCAAUUUGCUACACGGUCCCUAAGUCGGCUAUGGGAAGCAGCCUCUAUGCUCUGGAAUCAGGCUCUGACUUUAAAUCUAGAGGGAUGUCUGCUGAGAGCCGUGUGAUAUUUGGGCCUGGUGUCACCAUGUCAACUUGUGAUGUCAUGCUCAUUGAUGACAGUGAGUAUGAAGAGGAAGAAGAGUUUGAAAUUGCCCUGGCAGAUGCUUCUGACAAUGCCCGCAUCGGAAGGGUGGCAUCGGCCAAGGUGCUCAUCAGUGGUCCCAAUGAUGCUUCCACUGUAUCCCUGGGCAACACAGCUUUCACUGUCAGCGAGGAUACAGGCAUAGUGAAGAUCCCAGUUAUCCGACAUGGUACUGACCUUUCAACCUUCACAUAUGUCUGGUGUGCCACGCGGCCCUCGGACCCAGCUUCUGCCACUCCAGGAGUUGACUAUGUUCCCAGUUCUAGGAAAGUGGAAUUUGGACCUGGUGUCACUGAGCAGUAUUGCACCUUGACUAUCUUGGAUGAUGCUCAGUAUCCAGUAAUUGAAGGACUGGAGACGUUUGUGGUUUUCCUCAGCUCAGCACAAGGAGCAGAACUGACCAAACCCUUCCAGGCUAUCAUUGCGAUUAAUGACACAUUCCAAGAUGUGCCCAGCAUGCAGUUUGCCAAGGAUUUGCUCCUCGUGAAGGAGAAGGAGGGUGUCCUACACGUUCCCAUCAUCCGGAGUGGAGACCUGAGCUAUGAGUCGUCAGUGCGGUGCUAUACUCAGAGCCAGUCAGCUAAGCUCAUGGAGGACUUUGACGAGAGAAGAAAUUCAGACGCUUCACGAAUUACGUUUCUAAAAGGAGAGAAAGUAAAGAACUGUACUGUCUAUAUCCAUGAUGACUCCGUAUUUGAACCGGAGGAACAGUUCAGAGUCCACCUUGGCCAUCCUCUUGGAAACCACUGGAGUGGAGCUAGAGUUGGAAAGAAUAACAUGGCCACCAUCACCAUAACCAAUGAUGAAGAUGCCCCCACCAUUGAGUUUGAAGAAGCUGCAUACCAAGUCCGGGAACCAGCAGGACCAGAUGCCAUUGCUAUUCUGAACAUCAAGGUGAUCCGCAGAGGAGAUCAGAACAGGACUUCCAAGAUUCGCUGUAGCACGCGGGACGGGUCUGCACAGUCUGGUGUGGAUUAUUACCCAAAGAGCCGAGUCUUGAAGUUCAGUCCCGGUGUGGACCAUAUCUUUUUCAAAGUCGAGAUCCUGUCCAAUGAAGACCGGGAAUGGCAUGAAUCUUUCUCCCUGGUCCUUGGCCCAGAUGACCCAGUAGAAGCAGUUCUUGGGGAUGUGACCACUGCCACAGUGACGAUUCUGGACCAGGAGGCGGCAGGGAGUCUCAUAUUGCCAGCACCACCCAUUGUUGUCACACUUGCUGACUAUGACCACGUAGAAGAGGUUACCAAGGAAGGAGUCAAGAAAUCCCCUUCCCCGGGCUACCCACUAAUCUGUGUCACCCCCUGUGACCCUCAUUUCCCCAAGUAUGCCAUCAUGAAGGAGCGGUGCAGUGAGGCCGGCAUCAACCAGACAUCCGUACAGUUCAGCUGGGAAGUAGCAGCCCCCACUGACAGCAACGGGGCCCGGUCUCCCUUUGAGACCAUCACUGACAACACGCCAUUCACCAGUGUCAACCACGUGGUCCUGGAUAGCAUUUACUUCAGCCGGAGGUUCCAUGUGCGCUGUGUGGCAAAGGCUGUGGACAAAGUAGGCCACGUGGGGACCCCCUUAAGGAGCAACAUUGUUACCAUUGGAACCGACAGUGCUAUCUGCCACACCCCCGUGGUGGCUGGGACAGCUAGAGGCUUCCAGGCUCAGUCCUUCAUUGCAACCUUGAAAUACCUGGAUGUCAAACACAAGGAGCAUCCUAACAGAAUCCACAUUUCGGUGCAGAUCCCACACCAGGAUGGAAUGCUGCCACUUAUCUCCACCAUGCCCUUGCACAACUUGCAUUUUCUAUUAUCUGAGUCCAUCUAUAGACAUCAGCAUGUUUGCUCCAAUCUCAUCACCACCCGCGACCUGAGAGGCAUCUCAGAGGCCGGAUUCCUGGACGACAUGUUCUAUGACAGCACCGCCCUGGGUCCUGGCUAUGAUCGCCCCUUCCAGUUCGACCCCAGUGUACGGGAGCCAAAGACAAUCCAGCUCUACAAACACCUGAACCUGAAGAGCUGCGUCUGGACCUUUGAUGCAUAUUAUGACAUGACGGAAUUAAUUGAUGUCUGCGGAGGGUCUGUAACUGCUGACUUCCAGCAGGUGAGGGACUCUGCCCAGUCGUUCCUGACAGUGCACGUGCCUCUCUACGUGUCCUACAUCUACGUGACAGCCCCCAGGGGCUGGGCCUCCUUGGAGCACCACACUGAGAUGGAGUUUUCCUUCUUCUAUGACACCGUUCUCUGGAGAACAGGAAUCCAGACAGACAGUGUGCUCUCUGCAAGGCUUCAGAUAAUAAGAAUCUAUAUUCGAGAGGAUGGCCGUCUUGUCAUUGAAUUCAAGACCCAUGCCAAAUUCAGAGGACAGUUUGUGAUGGAGCACCACACUCUCCCAGAUGUGAAGUCUUUCAUAAUGACUCCAGAACACCUAGGAGGAAUUGAAUUUGAUCUGCAGCUUCUAUGGAGUGCUCAGACUUUUGAUUCUCCCUAUCAACUCUGGAGAGCCACUAGCUCUUAUAACAGGAAGGACUACUCAGGGGAGUACACAAUCUACCUGAUCCCCUGCACAGUGCAGCCCACACAGCCAUGGGUUGAUGCAGGAGAGAAGCCUUUGGCCUGUACUGCGCAUGCCCCAGAAAGAUUCCUGAUACCCAUUGCAUUCCAGCAGACCAACCGCCCCGUACCAGUUGUCUAUUCACUCAAUACUGAAUUUCAGCUCUGCAAUAACGAGAAGAUGUUCCUGAUGGAUCCCAACCUAUCUGAUAUGUCAUUGGCCGAAAUGGAUUACAAAGGAGCCUUCUCAAAAGGUCAAGUCCUUUAUGGCCGAGUACUUUGGAACCCAGAACAAAACCUCAAUUCUGCUUACAAACUGCAGCUGGAGAAAGUCUACCUUUGUACCGGCAGGGAUGGCUAUGUGCCUUUCUUUGAUCCCACGGGGACAAUCUACAAUGAAGGGCCACAGUAUGGAUGCAUCCAACCUAACAAACACCUAAAACACAGAUUCCUCCUGCUGGACCGCAGUCAGCCAGAGGUAACAGAUAAGUACUUCCAUGAUGUGCCUUUUGAGGCCCACUUUGCUUCUGAGUUGCCUGAUUUCCAUGUGGUCAGUAGCAUGCCUGGUGUGGAUGGAUUUAUUCUGAAAGUAGAUGCACUCUAUAAGGUGGAAGCAGGACACCAGUGGUAUCUCCAGGUGAUCUAUAUUAUUGGUCCUGACACCAUCUCAGGGCCCCGGGUCCAGCGCUCUCUUACAGCUCCUCUGAGGCGCAACCGAAGGGACCUGGUGGACCCCAGUGGCCGACUGACCCUUGACGAUUCCCUCAUCUAUGACAACGAAGGGGACCAAGUCAAGAAUGGCACCAAUAUGAAGUCCCUGAAUUUGGAGAUGCAAGAACCAGUUGUAGCUGCUUCUCUGUCCCAAACUGGGGCAUCCAUUGGCAGUGCCCUUGCGGCUAUCAUGCUUCUACUUCUGGUGUUUUUGGUGGCUUGCUUCAUCACCAGGAAAUGCCAGAAACAGAGGAAGAAACAGCCCACCGAGGAUGUUUUGGAGGAAUACCCUCUGAAUACCAAGUUGGACAUGCCCAAGAGGAACCCAGACAGGGUGGAGAAGAACGUGAACAGACAGUACUGCACUGUGCGGAAUGUCAACAUCCUGAGGGAAACCGAGGGCACUUGCAUGUUCAAAGGCGCUAAAGUCAAAAAAUUGAGUCUGGAAGUCAGAGUUCACAACAAUUUGCAAGAUGGGACAGAAGUCUAAUGGAGGCCACCCAUGUGUAUUUUUUUUUUUCUAAAAUCAGUUUUAUAAAAUGGGGAGAAAUACUGGUAUUUUUAUAACCUUGCAGAUUAAAAAAGGGAAAACUAUAGCUUUGAGUGGUAGGCAGCACACACACAUCACAUGCGUCAACUCACAACUGAGCUACCUCAUUAAACAAAGAACCACUAAGGCCCCCAGAGUAUUAGGGUAGAGUUAUUUCUGUGGGUCCCUUUAAUAUUCUCAGCAGCUACAAAUUGCUCCCUCUCUAUGGCUGGUCUUAGGAAACAAGCAUUUUAGGUUUCAGAACAGGAGUUAGGCAAUUAAGUUAGCUAAUGGAGUUCAGAGAACUGGGGACCCCUACAAUGGCCAAUCUCAGAGAGAGUGAGUGGGGUACAGGACCUUCAGUUUCCUCCUGUCCCCAGGUCUCCUACUGGGCUUCUCCUGGGCCUUUUGAGAGCCGAGUGUGAAUUGCUGACACCCAGAUGCCAUUACAAAUUUUGCUAAUCAGCACAACUUACAUAUGUGUCAUUAUUUCCAUUUGAAGGCCUACUGAUGGCCCCUAACUGUAGUUUGUGUUCCAGAUUCUUUUUCACCUGGGGGUUUCAAAGUGCUUGAGACUCGAGCACUGCUCCACAAAUCACAAACUACUGAGAAACCUCGGAGCCUCUCCUGUCACUCAACAGGCAUAGAGGAAUCUCUCUUACUGAGGAAGGGACUGAGACUUGGGAUGAUGAGGAGGAACCUGCAUGUCAGAGCAGAUUCGUGUUGCACUUCACGGAGGCCCAGGGAGAUGUCCUUCUCGUUUCCAACUGCUUUUGCUGAACUGAGGACAGGUCAAGCCAGCCCUCCCUGAUUGAGGGAUGCUGCAAAACAGGAUCAAUGCACCCUGACCUUUUUAUUCAAUGUUGCCACAGAUGCUUAAAAAAAUCCCCCACACUUUACAGCUUCCCCAGGCUUUGCCCAGUUCAGUAAUAGACAAGCCUGCGAAAUUUGCUAGCCGUGGGUUUUUUAUUUUGUUAAUGUUUCAGGAAAAUAACUGAUUCAUUUGAAUAAAGCAAAUUAGGAGAAACCCAGGUUGGGCUCAAAUCAGAGAUAUCGGAUGCCCAGUGGUUCUCCUCGCUGUGUGUCACCCAGCAGAGAGAGUCACUGUUCCACAGUGUUUCAGGAUUUCUCUUUUGGGGGAGGGUGAGGAGAGGUAGUUCUUUUCUGGUAGCUCAGGCACUUGAUUUUACCAUAUCAACACAUGACAAGGCCAUAAACAUUUGGCUCUAAAAUAAUUGUUUUCAAAUAUCAGCUUAAUUCUUUUGUAGGUAGUAUGUACACAGCUUGCUUUCUUGUUUCUCUUUUGUUAUUGUCUUAUUGGCAGAAACAUAAGCUUGCAUGUCAUGUUGUUUUGAAUUGGAGGCACAGAUCAAUUAUUCAGAAGUAAAAGACAUUCUCUUCGGAUGCAUAGCAUACCAUAAUCAUUGAGCAAGUGACAGCCAUUCACAUUAUAUAGUAUUUGUAUUUGAAUGAUUGAAGCUCUUUCAGAAACACUUUGGUACUAAAGGGUUUCAAACUCCAAAUACUUUGGUAUGAAAAAACUAGAAAGAAUGAACUGUGAAAGGUUUUAGGUAACUAACAAACACCAAGCUCACCGAAAACAGGGUCUGUGUGAGCUGCACCCUUGAUUCUUCGGCAGUAUCUUGCACAUAACGAACACUCUGGAAAUGUUUGUGUACAAAUAAAUGGUGCAGUGGUUGAGUGAUAGAGGGAUAAAUUUAAAAAAGGGAGGUGAGAGAGUAUGGUGACAAUAUCACAAGGGCAGGGGGAUAAGGAAAAAAAGCAAACACAAUUAUCUCUUCUACUUAGAUUGUGAAAUGAUCUUCUAAUUGGAACAAAGAAAGACUGUUUUAUCGUGGCCUGAAUCUGGAGGUGAUCUUAAGGAGGAAUGAACAGAAAAGUCAUAAUAAUGUAUUAGCAGCAAAUGAGACUGGGUCGACAUUAAGAGCAGGACAUUUAGAGGCAAGUCUGACUUAGCUUUCUGAGAUGAAUGUAAAGUUUUCAGAGAAGGUUGAGCCCCAAGCCUGAAACUCCUGACUGGUCAGACGCUUUUUGAGACUAGCUUCUGCAGUUUCAGAUAGAAUGUCUGCAUCAGCCUCAUAGACAUCCAGAUUUGGUGUCUCGUGGCUGGAGAGAUCAUCAGCCAGGCAGAGAAUCUUCCCCAGAAUAACAGAGAGAGCCAGUGCUUGUUCUGCCAGGCAGGACAGGCAACCAAACAUUGUGUAGCAACUUCUGAUUUGGCCUGUUGCUUAUAACUGCUCCUGGUUCCGGAAUGCCUAUACACUAAAGCACCUCCUUUCCAUACCCCUUCCAUUACCAAUGAGUAGGAUGCAUGCAUAGGAAGAGUGCCGACAAGUAGCAGAAUGGAGCUAGUGUGGAAGGGAAUGGAGGCUGAGACCCGAGUGGCCCCAGCAGCUUCCACGUACAAGGUCUGAAAUGACAAAGCCAGCAACCUGUGAGCACCUGUGAUAGUGAGCUAUCCAUGUGAAAGGAAAGCCUUUGGAAUAUUCCUGCCUCCCUGUCUUUCUGCCCUUCCCCCACCUACUUACACUUUAUCAAAUGCCAGUACUUCUCCAGGAGACACACACUCACUAAAAAGAGAGUGUUUUGAGAUGUGGAGUUAAGAUUUAGUCCUUUGAUGCAAAAUUGUCCGUUUCGUUUGUCUCAUACUUCAUAUUAGGGAUCAGAUACUUGGAGACUGAUGUGGAUUAUAUUUCAGUCAAAACUCUGCUUUUUCUAUUUGCUCAUCGAUGCCUCCUGUGUAUUUUACUAACCUUUUAUACCAUGCCUUCAGGUGAGAAGGAACAAAAACCCCUCCAGGGUUGCUAUUUGCUUUUACAUGCUUGCUUUGAAGGCUAAAAGAAAGAAUGGUCUCUACCUUUAUUUUUUCCACCUGCUGUCCCUUUAUUACAACCCAGGCCUCCUGGAGGAAUCUUGCAGAUUCCUAUUAUUUGGUUGGGGAAAUAGUGUUGGAAAGUUUUUGCACAGUCUAUGAUAUUCAGUCUUAGUGUCCUCUAGGUAUUUGUUAUUCUUAAAUAAUACACACCUGCUAAGACUGAGAAAACAUUUGUGGUGCUGUCAACCUGAUUUCUCGACUCUCAAAUGAUUUUUGUAUUUCCAAUACCACUUUGUGUGUUAAUUUCUGAUUUGUCCAACAACAUAUGCCACUAUAUAAAUUUGUAUUAAUAAAUGACAAUCUGGUUGUUUGGGGCUAUAUUCUUUUUAGAUUAUUUGUCUCAUACACAAGUUGUAAAAGGCAAAAAUCCUUCUGAAAUUUGAGACAAAGCUUUUUGGAGAAAACUCCCCUAAUGGGGUUUAAUCUGAGGCAUGUGUUAACUGUGCUAAGAGCA